UUUUGUUGUUAUAGCUAAUGAGUCGUAUACAUUCCAUCACUGUCGAAGGUUUUCGCGAAAUUUUCACACAAUUUAGUAAAUUCACCAAGGCAGUUUAUGAACGGAGAAAAUCAGAUAAGGUGAAGAAAAUCAUCAGCAGUAGAUGAUUAUCACUGAUUACUUCGAGUCCAAGAAGCCUUAGUUCAUUCCGCAUCGAUCAUUUGUAAAUAGCAAGCCGGAAAUAAGCUAGACAUCACAACUCCAUAAAGUCACGAGUGGCGUGAAUCGAUGAAUCAAUAAGUCCGGUUUCAAAGUCUACAAUUGGGCGAUGACCUCAUUUGACAUUGUUUUGAUAAGAAGGUAUCAAGUUCGAAACCCAAACUAAAAUCGCCUGAAACCGCCUGUCGUCAUCAAAUCAGUUAUUGAGUGUGAGGUACAAACUGUCGUCACCAUGUCGGAACUAAUCAGCUGCAAGCAGGAUUUGAAUGCUGAUCAAACGGAAGUUAUCCUUCCGAUUGAUUCGGAAGAUGAUGGAAACAGAUCGACAGAGACUUCCAAAGCCAAGACCGAAGAUCUGUUUAUGCUUAAUACAUUGAUUGAGCUGUGCAAGAACAAUAUAAAAUACUUCGAGGACGAUGAAACAGAAAGUGGACUGAGAAUGCAUGGUGCUUUCGUUGGUUUGAUAGACCACAUUGAAACGGUGAAACCUUUGGUGAAGAAGGUGCACGGUUUCGUGCACGAGUAUGAUUUCGAUGAAGAUACGCCUGGAAAUGGCUUUAGAAGCUUUUUGUAUGUCGUGGAAUGCUGCAUAAAGACGACAAUGAAGCUGUCAAGAUUUGUGAUGGAAAAUAGAGGUUCAAUUCUGUUCAGGAAAAACGUGUAUGUCAAGGAAGUGGAAGCGUACAAUCAUCUGCUAGCUAGUCUCUGCACCUGCCUCAAGCAUUGUCAUACCCUUCGGGAGUGGAGCACUCCGGGCGAGCUGUUUCCGGAUUCACAUUCUGUCGAGGAGCUGCUCGGCAAAGCUGACACAAUUAAUCAGUUCUGUUUCUAUGGACGUUGUCUCGGGUUUCAAUUUUGUGAAUCCAUGAGGCCUUUGCUGAAAUUUAUUUCUAUUGCAAUGGCCGGCUUUUCGGAAGGUUACUAUUCUCAAGGAGGAAAAAUCUCGAAAGCGACUAGCUCGAUGUAUACCAGCACAAAGUACAUGCUGGACGCAGAAUUGAGAGCACGACGGAUCGUUAAUAUUUCUCAGCACUCGAGUGUGGACUUUUGUAAAGCCUUUUGGUUUCUAGCAGAAUCGGAACUAAUGCAUACUCUGCCGUCCUUCAUUGGGUUCAAAGUAAAGGUGAACCGAGUCAUAACUAUCCCUCCGGAGCCGAUCCAGCUGAAGGCGGAAAAAUCAGGUGACCUCAUAAACAUUCCUAUUCCGCAAAGUCACGGCGGACCAGGAGUUAUCAAGGCAAGGUUACUAAGUGUCGUCAAAAGGAAGGGAAUGAUAGGCGAGAAAACUAAUACUCGCAGCACAAUACAUCCACCGUCCGCUGGCUUACUCUUCCACUGCCAUGGUGGGGGAUUUGUGGCACAGAGCUCCAAGUCCCACGAGAGUUAUCUUCGUGAAUGGGCCGUCUCGUUAAACAUUCCGAUUCUGUCCAUCGACUACAGUCUCGCUCCCGAGGCUCCUUUUCCACGAGCACUGGAGGAAGUCUUCUACGCGUACUGUUGGGCCUUGAAAAACUGUGAACUCCUGGGAACCACUGGAGAAAAAAUAAUCCUCGCCGGAGAUUCUGCCGGUGCCAAUUUGAAUCUGGGUUGUGCAAUGAAGUGUAUCGAGACUGGAGUACGGAAACCGGAUGGAAUCUUUCUGGCGUAUUGUCCGGUUCUAAUCAGCUUUGUGCCUAGUCCGGCACGAAUGCUUUGUCUGAUGGAUCCGCUCCUACCGUUCGGAUUCAUGAUGCGUUGUUUGAAGGCUUACGCGUGUCCCAAUAAAGAGGUGCUGGAACAUAAUCUACGACGGUUGCAGGAACGGCAGGCAAUUGUUAAUGCCGGAUUCAAUACCAGUGAUCCGUCCUCUUCUUCAUAUGUGAUCGUUCAAAAAGUUAGCAACGGUCAGGCUUUCGGCAAAACAGAUGAAGAUAAUAAAUCGGAUAAAUCGGAAUCGCCUGAAAAUUCCGCCUGGGAUCAGCUAAAUACAAACAACAUUGUGCAGUUGAACAAUCAACAUUUGAGCCCGGUGAGUGACACUAUUAGCGAUACCCUGGCGCUGAAGAGUCAGAACAUGGGCAACACAAUCGAUCUGAUGAGUCCAGACGAAAGUAAUACAAUCACUUCGCUGGAGGAAGACUCCCAACCAAUCACUUUACAACAAGUCAAUUUGAGAACCGAACAUAGCAAUGUAACGGUGAUGGAUGAUCUCGAGAUGGACCUACCAAGCGACAUGAGUUCCGAGCAGAACACCAAUAAGAAUGUAUCCGAUUUCAUUGAGAGGUAUGUUUUGGACACAACAACUAACGCUGCAGGGGAGAUCGAGCCCAUUUUGCGUCCAAUUUCGCGCUCUGCAUCGGAGGAAAAUGUAGUGAUUGACAUUGGACGGGAAGCAAUUAGUGUUCAAAAUCUGCAGGAAAAGGUUUCGAAUGUGGCAAGCAAUCUCGUGAACCGACUGUCCACCACAAUCAAUGCAAUAACAACAUCGAAACCCAUCGCUCCUAGCGGCUCACAGUCAGAGUUUCAGAGCAAUUUGGAUGCGUUGAUCGCGCGUAGUCCAUCGGAUGAGUUCAUCUUCGAAGUGCCGAAGGAUUCCCAUUUGUCGCCGUAUUGGGCUACCGAUGUGGUGCUAAGUCAAUUCCCACCUACUAAAAUACUUUCGGUCGUGUUGGAUCCAUGCCUUGACGACUGUGUGAUGUUUGCGAAAAGACUGAAAGGGUUAAAUAUCCCGGUCACGCUGGAUAUUCUACCGGGGCUUCCACAUGGCUUCCUUAAUUUCGCAUCGAUCUCCAAGGAAGCGCAUGAAGGAUCAAAAAUGUGUAUCCGUCGAAUCGCAGAGCUUAUGGAAUCGGCACCGCCACCAGAUGACGUAGAGACCAAAAACUGCUGUUAGCAAUUCCGACACUGCCUCGCCGAAUCAAAACUCUUGUUUCGCAAAGGUAGUGAACGUAUCGCGAACGUGUAAAAUCGCUUAUUCAGACAGAUCUACUAUAUACAACGCCGCUAACUUUAGAGACUAUUCUCGUAGGUUCAACGCAGCGUAUGAAGACAUGUUUCUUUCAGAAUUUUGUUAUAUUGGCACUUGUUUCAUCAUUGUACUUGCUAGAGCUGGCUAAAAUGAAUUAUUACAUAUUUUCGAAAACUUUGCGAACCACACACCAUCAAGUAGUAAAACGUCUGCAACACAGCAAUCAAUAGCAAAGCAAUAGACAAUUAAGAAAAAAAUCAUUAGGUGCGAUCCAAAACAAUUACUUUCUCAUAUAUACAAUUAGCAACAGUUGUUUUCAAAUGUUUUUGCAUCAAUGUGAUAAUCAGCAAUUUUGUUGCAAAUAUGAGGAGCAAUCGCUUAUCCAAAGAUAUCAAUCGUAAACAUAAUUAUUCACGCUCAAAACCGUGUAUAAAAAUUUAUAUAUUUAUGUGCUCAACCAAGAUUGGCAGUUGAUAGAGAAUGUAUAUGUUUGGAGGAAUUGCCAAAAAAAGGUGAUGAAUAAUAUAAUUAGUAGAUAUUUUUUUCUGAAAGGACAAAAUUAAUCGGUUAUGAAUCGAGAAAAAAGAGGCUCUUAUUUUCUAUCUCUUCAAUAUAUGUGGAACCCGUCAGAAGUAUAUUUACAAGACACUGUACUCAUUAGAUACAUGGAACCAUAUAAUAAUGAAAUAAGUGUACCUAUGAACUAAACAUUUCAAACAUUACCGACGGUGGAACCGAUAAUAGAAAGUUACAUUUGAAUCGUUACAUUGAAUUUACAACCAAAAUACGCUACACUGAAAAUAAAACGCAUUAUCUAGAAA